CGCACAUUGCACCAGUUGUCAGCUGUGGUUCCUCUCGAUUCGUUGGUAUUUCGUGAGUUCAAUCAAUUCAGGUGGAAAAUUUGAGGCGCGGAGAUUCGAAUAUCCUCUGUUUCCGUGAAAACCGUCAGUCCUAUCGUAGUGGCGUCGUGUUGAAAGGAAGAAGAUAAUAGUUCAGCUCGUAUAGUUAUUGCGUCUGCAUUGAGAUAAAUCAUCAAUCGGAAGUGUGUCUCCUCGAGUGAAGAUCGAUAUAUUGGUUGGGAUACUCUAUCGAUUCCAUCAUUAUAUAACGCCAGAAAAAAGCCUACAGCUUCUACGCCUCAAGGUCGACCUCCUUAAGCCUGGGUGGACCGGCAGGGGUCCACCGAUGCGCACGCGCCAACCGUCUAUUUCUGUUUAGAAACACACGACACAGAAAGCAGGAAGGGGGAAAACGUUUUUCCAUAUACGUUUUGCAUUCGUCGAGUGCAGGCAGCCGCGAUGCUAGUUUCAUUCUAAACGUAAACAAAUCGGUGUUAUUCGCGUGUCACGUAGAAAAUUAGUUAGAUGCUGAAAAAGUUACCAGUUCGUUCGCUCAGCGAACUAUGCCUAGCGGAACUGGCUGGCUCCGUAGUGGCCGCCGUCGGCAAUAUGCUCCAGAUGACAUACAGCUUCGGCGUGGAGCCGGAUUUCACACUGCUGAUGGCGGAGAUUGAAUCCUACCUGGAGAAUAUGGGUGCCCCAAGCUGCGUGUACGAAGAUUUACUGCGAGUUAUAUUGUGUUCGGACUCGCUGGAGGCGGCGAUUCGCUUCUGCUGCCUUCAGAUGUUCCUGAACGAAGGUGUUCGAUCGUUAUCUACGGAGAUUUUUCCAUCGGCCUACUAUGAGCGAACGCUGAAGGUGAUAGCCGAGCAGGGCAGGGGAUUGCGGCAGCUUAACAUGAAGGGUGUUUGGGUUAAGGAGGAGAACAUGUGUUUCAUGUACGAGAUCAUCAAACACCUGCCACAUUUGUCGAAACUUAUCAUUCCCCACAUUGCGAACGAUGACCUGUUGAAGCACAUCGGGGACUACUCGAAGAAUCUUCGACACUUGGAUAUCAGCGGCGACACGGACAUUACGGAAAUUGGUCUAGAGUAUCUUUGCUAUGGAGCUGCGAAAAAUUUGCUAACUGUGGUGGACAUUGGUUCCCUGGGGGAGGAGAAUAUCUGCCACACAGACGUCGCUCUCUUGACGUUGAACCUGCCGAAUGUUAUUAGCUUCGGAAGCUAUUCGUUUGUGGGCCGAAGUCUGCUGUAUAUAGUCGAGAACAAAGAUCCAGCCUUCCAGUGCAAAAUAGGGUACCUCCAUGACACCAAAACUAGUGCACGAACUGCUGAUGCGAUAGUCAGCACAUGUCCGGAACUUAGGGACGUUUACUUGGAUUACCCCGAAUUGGGUGCCCUUGCUAGACUUUCGGAAACCCAUAUCUUACGACUUAAACUGUGCAAAUUCAGCUGCUCCGAGCUGUUGGGGCUUUUGGAGAACACUGGAGACCAUGUGCGACACCUGACUCUCAUGCAGGGCCGUGGAAUAAUGGAACUUCAUCAGCUCAUCCGAUGCUGUCCGUAUUUGGUGGAUCUUGACAUGUAUAUGAUGGAAAGCAUCACCUAUGCGGGUUCACGCGGAUUCAACGAUCUUCAAGGAUUGGAAAUUCUGCACAGUCCUCUCUCAGAACCCGCGCUGAUGAGCUUUCUUCGUCUGUCGACUUCUCUGAAACGAAUCGCCAUCGAUACGGUCGCCUUCAAUGAUGAGGAUAUUGCCACAUUGGUGAUAGAUAAAGAUUUUUACCGCCUGGAGGACGUUUGGUUCACGGUAGCGCCCCACUUGACCGUGGCAACUGUUGAGCUGUUGAUGGAUCGCUGUCCGGAACUGCAGAGUCUGGGUCAACUGAGCGGCUGGCGACUUAAUCCGGAUGAUGUGCGACUGGUUAGGGCCAUAUGCAGGAGCUCCAACUCGUCACUGGUAUUGACGCCUACAAGUUAUUACGCAUCAUAAUCUCACCCCAUCGUAUCCAUUUGAAAUCUUUCCAUCGCUUACAGCAAAAAUAUAUUUUCCUUUCGCUUCCAAUCUUCCUUCUAGAUCGUGCAGUCGCUCUGAGGCUGACGAUGGAGAAAUCCGUCCUUCUGUAUCCUUCCAAUGUUGUGUAUUAUAUAAGUGCCA